AUGAAUCCCGCCGAAGGGGCGGCGGAGGAAGGCGCUGUCCCCGACUCCGAGGUGGAUGCUUUCUUUCGAACAGGUUCUUUUCGAAAUGAUGGUUUAAAAGCUGCUGAUGUCCUUCCUAUACUAAAGGAGAAAGUGGCCUUCGUGUCAGGUGGCCGUGAUAAACGAGGUGGUCCUGUCUUGACCUUCCCAGCCCGCAGCAAUCACGACAGAAUAAGGCAGGAAGACCUUCGGAAACUUGUGACUUAUUUGGCCAGCGUGCCAAGCGAAGAUGUUUGUAAACGAGGAUUCACUGUUAUUAUCGAUAUGCGGGGAUCCAAAUGGGAUUUGAUCAAGCCUCUCCUAAAGACCCUUCAAGAAGCCUUUCCUGCCGAGAUUCAUGUUGCCCUGAUUAUAAAACCUGAUAAUUUCUGGCAGAAGCAGAAAACGAACUUUGGCAGUUCCAAGUUCAUCUUUGAGACAAGUAUGGUAUCUGUUGAAGGCCUGGCAAAACUAGUAGAUCCUUCUCAACUGACGGAUGAGUUCGAAGGAUCCUUGGAUUACAACCAUGAUGAAUGGAUAGAGUUGCGCGUCUCCUUGGAAGAGUUUUUCAACAGUGCCAUCCAUUUAUUAUCAAGGCUGGAGGAUCUGCAGGAAAUGUUGGCUAGGAAGGAGUUUCCUGUUGAUGUUGAGGGCUCAAGAAGGCUGAUUGAUGAGCACACGCAGCUUAAGAAAAAAGUGAUUAAAGCUCCUGUGGAAGAACUGGAUCGUGAGGGUCAGAGGUUAUUACAAUGCAUAAGAUGCAGUGAUGGUUUUUCUGGUAGGAACUGCAUUCCUGGAAGUGCAGAUUUUCAAAGUCUCGUGCCAAAGAUCACCAGCCUUUUAGACAAGCUGCAUUCUACCCGACAGCACUUGCAUCAGAUGUGGCAUGUCCGCAAGUUGAAACUGGACCAGUGCUUUCAACUCCGGCUUUUUGAGCAAGAUGCUGAGAAGAUGUUCGACUGGAUCAGCCACAAUAAAGAAUUGUUCCUGCAGAGCCACACGGAGAUCGGCGUGAGCUACCAACAUGCCCUUGACCUACAGACGCAGCACAAUCACUUUGCCAUGAAUUCCAUGAAUGCCUAUGUCAACAUCAAUCGGAUCAUGUCUGUUGCGUCAAGGCUUUCCGAGGCAGGCCAUUAUGCUUCCCAGCAAAUUAAACAAAUAUCUAGCCAGCUGGAUCAAGAGUGGAAGAGUUUUGCUGCAGCUCUGGAUGAGCGGAGCACCAUCUUAGCUAUGUCUGCUGUCUUUCACCAGAAAGCUGAACAGUUCCUUUCAGGUGUGGAUGCCUGGUGCAAAAUGUGCAGUGAAGGAGGCCUCCCCUCAGAAAUGCAAGACCUGGAACUGGCCAUCCAUCAUCAUCAGACCCUGUAUGAACAAGUAACACAGGCCUACACAGAGGUGAGCCAGGAUGGAAAAGCCUUGUUGGAUGUCCUACAGCGUCCCUUGAGCCCUGGGAAUUCUGAAUCCCUCACUGCUACUGCAAACUACUCCAAGGCUGUUCACCAGGUGUUGGAUGUGGUACAUGAAGUCCUGCAUCACCAGCGGCGCCUAGAGAGCAUCUGGCAACACAGAAAGGUCCGGCUACAUCAAAGGCUGCAGCUCUGCGUUUUCCAGCAGGAUGUUCAACAGGUACUGGACUGGAUUGAAAAUCACGGGGAAGCCUUUCUGAGUAAACAUACAGGAGUGGGGAAGUCUCUACACAGAGCACGUGCGCUGCAGAAAAGACAUGAUGAUUUUGAAGAAGUAGCACAGAAUACAUACACCAAUGCAGACAAGCUUUUGGAGGCUGCAGAGCAGUUGGCUCAGACUGGGGAAUGUGACCCUGAAGAGAUCUAUAAAGCAGCCCGGCAUCUGGAAGUACGGAUUCAGGACUUUGUCCGGAGGGUGGAACAGAGGAAACUUCUCUUGGACAUGUCAGUCUCCUUCCAUACCCACACCAAAGAGCUGUGGACAUGGAUGGAAGAUCUGCAGAAGGAGCUCUUAGAGGAUGUCUGUGCUGACUCUGUGGAUGCGGUUCAGGAGCUUAUCAAGCAGUUUCAGCAGCAACAAACAGCCACCUUGGAUGCUACCCUCAAUGUUAUUAAAGAAGGGGAAGAUCUAAUCCAACAGCUCAGAGCAAGGGACCCAAGCUCGGGAGAUCCUUCUCAAACCAGACUGGACUCCGCCGUUUCCAACAAUAAGACUCCACACAAUAGCUCCAUCAGCCACAUUGAAUCUGUCCUUCAACAGCUCGACGAGGCCCAGGUACAGAUGGAAGAGCUCUUCCAUGAGAGGAAGAUUAAGCUAGACAUUUUCCUUCAGCUCCGGAUUUUUGAACAGUACACCAUCGAGGUUACAGCAGAGUUAGAUGCCUGGAAUGAAGAUCUGCUGAGGCAAAUGAAUGAUUUCAAUACCGAAGACCUCACUCUGGCUGAGCAGCGUUUGCAGCGCCACACUGAGCGGAAGUUGGCCAUGAACAACAUGACCUUUGAAGUCAUCCAGCAAGGGCAAGAUUUACACCAAUACAUCAUGGAGGUCCAGGCUUCAGGCAUUGAGCUGAUCUGUGAAAAAGACACUGAUCUUGCGACACAGGUUCAAGAACUGCUGGAAUUCCUUCAUGAGAAACAGCACGAGCUGGAGCUUAAUGCUGACCAAACUCACAAGAGAUUAGAGCAGUGCCUACAGCUCCGGCACCUACAGGCUGAAGUCAAGCAGGUGCUUGGCUGGAUCAGGAAUGGUGAAUCAAUGCUGAAUGCAAGCCUUGUCAAUGCAAGCUCCCUCUCUGAAGCUGAGCAGCUCCAGCGGGAGCAUGAGCAGUUUCAGCUGGCCAUAGAGUCCCUCUUUCAUGCCACUUCCUUACAGAAGACACACCAGAGUGCCCUGCAGGUCCAGCAGAAAGCCGAAGUGUUGCUACAGGCUGGGCAUUAUGAUGCCGAUGCUAUCAGAGAGUGUGCCGAAAAGGUGGCCCUGCACUGGCAGCAGCUGAUGCUGAAGAUGGAGGACAGGCUCAAACUUGUCAAUGCCUCAGUGGCCUUCUAUAAAACCUCUGAGCAGGUGUGCAGCGUAUUAGAGAGCUUGGAGCAAGAAUACAGACGGGAUGAAGACUGGUGUGGAGGUCGAGAUAAACUUGGACCAGCAGCGGAGAUAGACCAUGUCAUCCCUCUGAUCAGCAAACAUCUGGAACAGAAGGAGGCUUUUCUCAAGGCCUGUACGCUGGCACGAAGGAACGCUGAGGUAUUCCUCAAGUACAUCCACAGGAACAAUGUCAGCAUGCCUGGAGUAGCAAGCCAUACAAGGGGGCCUGAGCAGCAAGUGAAAGCCAUUCUGAGUGAGCUGUUGCAGAGGGAGAACCGGGUCCUUCACUUCUGGACCCUGAAGAAGCGGAGAUUAGAUCAGUGCCAACAAUAUGUUGUCUUUGAGCGCAGUGCCAAGCAGGCCUUAGACUGGAUCCAAGAAACGGGCGAAUAUUACCUCUCUACUCACAACUCUACAGGGGAAUCAGCAGAAGAAACUCAGGAACUUCUGAAGGAAUAUGGGGAAUUCAGAGUACCUGCCAAGCAAACAAAGGAGAAAGUGAAGCUCCUCAUCCAGCUGGCUGACAGCUUUGUAGAAAAAGGACAUAUACACGCCACUGAAAUUAGGAAGUGGGUCACCACUGUUGACAAGCGCUACCGUGACUUCUCUCUCAGGAUGGGGAAAUACCGCUACUCCCUGGAAAAAGCCCUUGGAAUCAAUACAGAGGAUAACAAGGACUUAGAACUAGAUAUUAUUCCAGCAAGUCUUUCAGACCGGGAGGUAAAGCUGCGAGAUGCAAAUCAUGAAGUCAAUGAAGAAAAAAGAAAGUCGGCCAGAAAGAAAGAAUUCAUUAUGGCUGAGCUGCUUCAGACGGAAAAAGCUUAUGUCAGGGACUUACAUGAAUGUUUAGAGACUUACCUUUGGGAAAUGACAAGUGGAGUGGAAGAAAUACCCACUGGGAUCCUUAAUAAAGAACACAUCAUCUUUGGCAAUAUUCAGGAGAUAUAUGACUUCCAUAACAACAUUUUUCUGAAAGAACUAGAGAAAUACGAACAACUGCCUGAGGAUGUGGGCCACUGCUUCGUCACCUGGGCAGAUAAAUUUCAGAUGUAUGUCACCUACUGCAAAAACAAGCCUGACUCCAGCCAGCUCAUCCUGGAACACGCAGGGACUUUCUUUGAUGAAAUUCAGCAAAGACACGGUCUGGCCAACUCUAUCUCUUCUUAUUUAAUCAAGCCUGUCCAGAGGAUCACAAAAUACCAACUCCUACUGAAGGAACUGCUAACCUGCUGCGAGGAGGGCAAAGGGGAACUCAAAGAUGGUCUGGAAGUGAUGCUCAGUGUCCCAAAGAAGGCCAAUGACGCAAUGCACGUCAGCAUGCUGGAAGGGUUUGAUGAGAACCUGGAUGUCCAGGGAGAGCUGAUUCUUCAGGAUUCCUUCCAAGUGUGGGAUCCCAAAUCUCUCAUUCGGAAAGGCCGUGAGAGGCAUUUGUUUCUCUUUGAAAUCUCUUUGGUGUUUAGCAAAGAGAUCAAAGAUUCUUCAGGACACACAAAAUAUGUUUACAAGAACAAGUUACUGACCUCAGAACUGGGAGUGACUGAACAUGUUGAAGGAGAUCCCUGUAAAUUUGCUUUGUGGUCUGGACGAACACCAUCCUCAGACAAUAAAACAGUGCUGAAAGCAUCCAGUAUUGAAACAAAACAGGAAUGGAUCAAAAAUAUCCGGGAAGUCAUUCAAGAAAGGAUUAUCCAUCUGAAAGGAGCUCUGAAAGAGCCAAUUCAGCUCCCCAAGACACCAUCAAAGCAGCGAAACAACAGUAGAAGAGAUGGAGUAGAUGAUGCAGACAGCCAAGGAGAUGGCAGCAGUCAACCUGACACCAUUUCCAUUGCAUCCAGGACAUCACAAAACACAGUGGAUAGCGAUAAGUUGUCUGGAGGGUGUGAACUAACCGUGGUGCUCCAGGACUUCACAGCGGGCCACAGCAGCGAGCUGAGCAUUCAGGUGGGGCAGACGGUGGAGCUGCUGGAGAGGCCAAGCGAAAGGCCAGGCUGGUGUUUGGUCCGGACCACAGAGCGGAGCCCGCCUCAGGAGGGUCUGGUCCCCAGCAGCGCUCUCUGCAUUUCCCAUUCCCGCAGCAGUGUGGAGAUGGAUUGCUUCUUCCCUUCAGGAAAAGACGCAUAUUCAGUCUCUUCCAAUGACAAUGGGGGCAAGUCUGAUUCAGUGGCCAACUUACAACCUCAGCCAUCCCUCAACUCCAUCCAGAGCUCUCCUGGCCCUAAGCGCUCCACCAACACCCUGAAGAAAUGGUUGACUAGUCCUGUGCGCCGGCUGAACAGUGGGAAGACUGAGAGCAACAUCAAGAAACAAAAGAAGGUGCGAGAUGGCAGGAAGAGCUUUGACCUCGGCUCACCAAAGACCGGAGAUGAAACCACUCCUCAAGGAGACAGCGCAGAUGAGAGCAAGAAGGGUUGGGGAGAAGAUGAACCAGAUGAAGAGUCUCACACACCUCUUCCUCCUCCUAUGAAGAUUUUUGACAAUGAUCCAACCCAAGAUGAGAUGUCCUCUUCUUUGCUAGCUGCUCGACAGAGCUCCUCUGAUGUCCCAACUGCUGCGGACCUUGUCAGUGCAAUAGAAAAGUUGGUCAAAAGUAAGCUGACCCUUGAAGGAGGAUCUUACCGAGGAAGCUUAAAAGAUGCCACUGGCUGCUUAAAUGAAGGAAUGACGCCUUCAACUCCCCCACGAAACCUUGAAGAGGAACAAAAAGCCAAAGCAAUGAGAGGCAGGAUGUUUGUCUUAAAUGAGCUGGUACAGACUGAAAAAGACUACGUCAAAGACUUGGGAACUGUUGUGGAGGGCUUCAUGAAGAGGAUAGAAGAAAAAGGAGUUUCUGAAGAGAUGAAAGGGAAAGACAAGAUUGUAUUUGGCAAUAUUCACCAGAUCUAUGACUGGCACAAAGACUUUUUCCUGGCUGAACUGGAAAAAUGUCUUCAAGAACCUGACCGUUUAGCACAGCUUUUUAUUAAGCAUGAGCGGCGAUUACACAUGUACGUGGUAUAUUGCCAAAACAAGCCACGAUCUGAAUAUAUAGUAGCUGAGUAUGAGGCAUACUUUGAGGAGGUUCAACAGGAAAUAAGCCAACGGCUAACCAUCAGUGACUUUCUGAUCAAACCCAUUCAAAGAAUAACUAAAUAUCAGCUUCUUCUCAAGGACUUCCUGAGGUACAGUGAAAAAGCUGGACUGGAGUGCUCCGAUAUAGAGAAAGCAGUUGAAUUAAUGUGCCUUGUACCAAAACGUUGCAAUGAUAUGAUGAACCUGGGUCGCCUCCAAGGCUUUGAGGGCAAGCUGACAGCUCAAGGCAAGCUGCUGCAGCAGGACACCUUCUACGUGACAGAGCAGGAUUCUGGAGUUCAGUCUCGACCGAAGGAGCGUAGGGUGUUUCUCUUUGAGCAAAUAGUUAUCUUCAGUGAACUCCUUAGAAAAGGAUCUUUAACGCCAGGCUACAUGUUCAAGAAAAGCAUAAAGAUGAACUACCUUAUCAUUGAAGAAAACGUGGACAAUGAUCCCUGCAAGUUUGCUCUAAUGAGCCGGGAAACAUCAGAGAGAGUCAUUUUACAGGCAGCUAAUCCAGAAAUUCAACAAGCUUGGGUACAGGACAUCAACCAGGUUCUGGACACACAAAGAGAUUUCCUAAAUGCACUACAGUCUCCCAUAGAGUACCAACGCAAAGAAAGUAGCUCAGCAGUGCUGAGGCCCCAGACCGGUAGGGUCCCUCAGCCCAACAGCAGACCCUAUUCUUCUGUUCCAGUAGGGUCUGAGAAGCCUUUGAAGGCUACAAGCCGUAACCCAUCUCUCCCACCCCUGAAGAUAUCUACCUCCAACGGCAGCACAGGGUAUGAACACUCACAGCCUGGAGACAAGUAUGAACAAAGCAAGACUGAUUUGGGAGGGUGCAAUGGGACCUCUUCCAUGGUGGUGAUUAAAGAUUACUAUGCACUGAAAGAGGAUGAGAUCUGUGUGAAUCAAGGAGAGGUGGUUCAGAUCCUUGCUAUCAACCAGCAGAACAUGUUCCUGGUGUACCAGCCUGCAAACGACCACUCUCCGGCCGCUGAAGGAUGGAUCCCCGGCAAUAUCUUGGCUCCCCUCACUAAAUCCACUACAGAUAAUAGCGACGGAAGCAUCAAGAAGUCAUGUUCAUGGCAUACCCUGCGCAUGAGAAAGCGGGCGGAAAAGGAGAGCAGUGGCAAAAAUGAAGCCAAUGGGCCACGUAAAUCCAAGGAUAUUCUGGGGAACAAAGUCUCUGUUAAAGAGACAAACAGCUCAGAGGAAUCAGAGUGUGAUGACCUUGACCCCAAUACUAGCAUGGAGAUAAUCAACCCCAAUUUCAUUCAAGAAGUGGCUCCAGAGUUUCUUGUGCCAUUAGUGGACAUCACCUGCCUGCUCGGCGACACAGUGAUGCUGCAGUGCAAAGUCUGUGGACGGCCCAAACCAACUAUAACUUGGAAAGGACCGGAUCAGAACAUUCUUGACAAUGACAACAGCACAGCUACUUACACAGUGUCAUCUUGUGACUCCGGAGAGCUCACCUUGAAAAUCUGCAACCUGAUGCCUCAGGACAGCGGCAUUUACACCUGUGUGGCAACCAAUGAACAUGGAACCGCAUCAACCUCUGCAACCAUCAAAGUUCAAGGUGUCCCAGCUGCCCCAAAUCGCCCCAUUGCUCAGGAGAGAAGCUGCACCUCUGUGAUCCUACGCUGGCUACCCCCAUCCAGUACAGGCAAUUGCACUAUUUCAGGCUACACUGUGGAGUACAGAGAAGAAGGCUCGCAGGUCUGGCAGCAGUCGGUAGCCUCAACUUUGGACACAUACCUCGUCAUUGAGGACCUGGCCCCAGGCUGCCAGUAUCAGUUUCGAGUGAGUGCCAGCAAUCCCUGGGGGAUCAGCCUGCCCAGUGACCCAUCUGAAUUUGUGAGGCUCCCGGAGUACGACUCUGCUGCUGAUGGUGCCACUAUUUCAUGGAAGGAAAACUUUGACCUUGCUUAUGCCGAGCUACAUGAGAUUGGGAGGGGUCGAUUCUCCAUAGUAAAGAAAUGCAUUCACAAAGCCACUCGGAAAGACGUUGCUGUAAAAUUCAUUAGUAAAAAAAUGAAAAAGAAAGAGCAGGCAGCACACGAAGCAGCUUUGUUACAGCACUUACAGCAUCCUCAGUACAUCACUAUCCAUGAUACCUACGAGUCUCCUACUUCUUACAUCUUAGUUUUGGAACUGAUGGAUGAUGGUCGUCUCUUAGAUUAUCUAAUGAACCAUGAUGAACUUAUGGAGGAAAAAGUCGCUUUCUAUAUAAGAGACACAAUGGAAGCCUUGCAGUAUCUUCACAAUUGCAGAGUGGCUCACUUAGACAUAAAGCCAGAAAAUCUGCUCAUUGAUUUAAGAAUCCCAGUACCUCGUGUCAAGAUCAUUGAUUUGGAAGAUGCAGUUCAGAUCACAGGUCAUUACCACGUCCACCACCUUCUCGGAAACCCAGAGUUCUCAGCUCCUGAAGUUAUCCAAGGCCUUCCUGUCUCACUGAGCACGGAUAUCUGGAGCCUGGGGGUCCUCACCUACGUCAUGUUAAGUGGUGUCUCUCCGUUCUUGGAUGAAAGCAAAGAGGAGACUUGUAUCAAUGUGUGCAGAGUAGAUUUCAGCUUCCCACCCGAGUACUUCUCCGAUGUGAGUCAUGCCGCCAGGGAUUUCAUCAAUGUCAUCCUCCAGGAAGACUUCAGGAGAAGGCCAACAGCAGCCACUUGUUUACAGCAUCCAUGGCUGCAACCGCACAACGGCAGCUAUUCCAAGAUCCCACUGGAUACCUCCCGCUUGGCUUCCUUCAUCGAGCGCCGCAGACACCAAUACGAUGUGCACCCGGUCCCUAGUGUCAAGAGUUUCCUGAUGAGCAGGCUGAACUCAGGCACGUAAUGCCUCCAUCCCUGGGGUCCUACACUGCUGGUCCUGAGGCAAGGCGCAGGGAGCGAGCAGGUGCAAAGCAGAUCUGUCUGUACAUAGUCCCGUAUUCAGCGUUUGCAUUUCAUGUGGCUUCCCCAGCUGCAGGGUACAAAUCAUUGUGGAGGUGGCAGUGCCUGCCCAGUUCCUUGGGACCAAAGCAAAGGGGGUAACGGCAGCGGGUACCCGCUCCCUCCCCUUGAUGGGCUCCUCCUGGGACAUGUACUAUUGUCGCAUCCACCGCGAAACGGGACUGCGGGAAGCAAACACCAACUGGAAACGAGAGCCAAAACUGCAGUUGCCUUAAUCUUUGUGAGGCAGCCUUAUAAGAAAUCCUCUUGAUCUUGCUGAACUGAUUUCAAACUGUAUGAGGGAUUAGGAGUAGGAUAGUGUUGGGGGGAGUGAGACUAGGCUUGACCUUAGCUUGUACUGCAGAACUAGACCGAAGUCUGUUUUUGCUGAAAUCAUUGCAAGCCUACUCCAGGUUAACAGACGGAUUUUGCACGGCCCGUAUGCCCGGAUCCGCCAUGAUUUCAAUGGGGACUUUGCCUGUGUAGGACAUGCAAGAUCAGGCCCUAGUCACUGCUGGAUCGGCUUCCAUGGUGGCGUGACUUAAAUACAUUCUUGUUGCGUGGUAGUGCUCAGACCAAAAUUCCCCGUUUAUCCAUGGGCUUUCUGCUGCGUCAAGUCAACAUGCAGUACCUUUUGGAGCUAUAAUUAAGGCAAUGAAUUCAUUGGAGCAUACAGCUGGGUUUUGACUAAGCACAAUGGGACUACGAUGGGUUUUUUAAGAGCAUUUUAUAAACACUGUACAGAAAUCUUUUGCAAAACCUGUGCAUUGAGAAAAGGCUGUGUCCAUUUUUUGCAGUAUCUGUAAACUAGAUGAUGAUGAUGAAGACAAUUUUUUUCUAUCACA